UGCUGUUCUCCGUAAACAGCGCCGUAUAUGCGCUCGGUCAGACCUGCACCGGAUGAGCGCGCGCUGCGGACGGACAUUACAGAUGCAAGAUGAGGCACGACUGAGAUUCACAGCAUGUCAUUCAAGAAGGAGACGCCGCUGGCUAACGCUGUGUUUUGGGCAGCGAGGAAAGGAAACUUGGCUUUGCUUCAGCUGUUGUUGAACAGCGGCCGAGUGGAUGUCGACUGCAAAGAUGGAUACGGCACCACAGCGUUAAUGGUGGCUUCAUACAGCGCUCAUUAUGAGUGUGUCCGGGAACUCAUCAUGCAAGGUGCAGAUAUUAAUCUGCAGAGAGAGACAGGUUCCACCGCUCUCUUCUUCGCUUCACAGCAGGGCCACAAUGACAUUGUCAAGCUCCUGUUUGAAUUUGGAGCGUCCACAGAGUUUCGGACAGAGGAUGGCGGCACGGCUCUCUCCGCAGCCUGUCAGUGCGCUCACUCCAGAGUGGUGGAGACCCUUCUGAAGCACGGAGCCAGCGUCCAUGACCAGCUCAAUGAUGGUGCGACGGCCUUAUUUUUGGCGUCCCAAGAGGGUCAUGUGACCGUAAUACGGCAGCUUUUGUCAUCCGGGGCUAAAGUCAAUCAACCGCGAGAGGAUGGCACAGCUCCGCUCUGGAUGGCAGCCCAGAGGGGACACAGUGAGGUGGUCAAAGUUCUGCUGCUACGAGGUGCAGACCGUGACGCAGAUAGAAAAGACGGCUCCACGGCUCUGUUCAAGGCUGCACAUAAAGGCCACUGUAACGUCAUCGAGGAGCUCCUCAAGUUCUCUCCUUCACUCGGCCUUCUGAAGAACGGUUCUACAGCUCUUCAUGCUGCCGUCAUGAGCGGGAAUCCAAAAACUGUCAAACUUUUGCUGAAGGCAAAUGCUGAUCCAGCUUUACCCAACAAGGUGAGUUUGAGACAUGCGGAUUAUAACAUAUUAUACACAUAUUAUUAA